AAGGUAAACAAAAAUUCGCUCGAAUUCAAAUUCCGUUUUGAUGGCUGUUUAAUUUUUGCUAUUCUUUUUAGUUUUUUCUCGCCUAAGAUGGCAGUUCGAGCGGUCGAUUUUAACUCUACAGCAUAUGCAAAGACAAAAAGUUUUAUCGCUAAAGAAAAUGCCGCUUCGAUCGCGAGAGCAAAGGAAAGCAGAAAGCAGGUUUCUACACCUCCAUCGGGAAUCAAGAGUUCAUGGACUCCUGCUCAACAUGAAUUGAACGAAAAGUUAUUCGAAGAGAGGAAAGAGCUUGUCAGUAAUUGGUUUGAUAGAUGGACAGAUGCCCAAAGGAGAACAAUCCUUGACAUAAUUAUUCCCAAGUGUAAACAACAUCAGCUUCAGCAUGUCUUCUCUCUGCUUGAUGAGCGAAUUCCUGUCACCCAUGUUGACUUCACACGUAAACUCCCUAGGGUUAUCACAGUGUAUAUAUUCUCAUUCCUGGACCCAAGGAGUCUGUGUCGUUGCUCCCAAGUUUGUUGGUACUGGCGUUAUUUAGCAGAGCUGGACCAGAUCUGGAUGCCAAAGUGUAUGAGAUUUAAUUGGAUUUUACCAUUUGUGCCGAGUCCUUUUGAACAGGGUGUGUGGAAAAGACAGUACCUAGAGUGUGUGAAAGGACUGCAAUAUCUUCCCCCCAAGAGUUUUCAGCCAGUGCCCCAACAAACAGAACAACAAGAAAGACCAAAACUUGGUGACCGAAAGGCUCAGAGUAUGACUUGUCUGAAUAGUAAGAAAGGCACAACCUCCAGGGCAAAGACCAGCACAUCUGAUCUCCCACCCUGGAAAGGUCCAGAUCCCCACCCUGUUGACAUUUCCAGGAAAUCCAAUACCAAGAACCAGCCUCUGAUUGGCUGCCGCAGAUGCCACAUGUCGACUCAUAACAGUGACCAUGAACACGAGCAGGCUCCCCCCAUGGGAGCAUCGAGAAAAACAAGUGCCACAAAAGCCAACAAACCCAGAAUCAAGCCUGCUACAAGCUCCUUUGCUCCAGAGUCUGAAAUAAAUGGAACCAAGUUCAACUCGCAUACUGGAAGGCCUGACUGGGCAGUACAGCCUACUAUUGAGCCUGUUAAUGCCAAGCGACCACCACCGCCUGUAGUCCGACCAUCAGCUGAAGCACUAGGAAAUAGCAGAGAACCAAGACACUUGCCAGAAAGAAAUCUGUUUCAAGCUCAGCCAUGGAGGCGCCCACUGGACUAUGACUCUGAUGGAUGAUAAUGACAAUAUUUUUAUAUUGUAAUAUUUUUUUUCUGAUGAUUACAUGUAACCAGUUUUAUCUAAAACCAUGGGCAAAGCCAGGAUUUCUAAAUUAUAGUUCCUUUACAAAAAUAUAUUAAUCACUGUAUAGAAUAUUAUGUGUGUUGUGUUAUAAUAUAGUUGUAAAAAUUGUAAAUAUAUAUAAUUCAUAAUAUCAUUUCACUGCUCAUCAAUAUUAUCAGUCAAUGUAUAAAAUGCUUUUAAAAAUAUACUUGCUCUAAAGGUAAAAAAAUAAGAUAUUAGUUUUGUAAACUCGGUAUGAAUAAAAAAUUUUAUAUAUAAAAUUUUGAAAUAAUUUGGAAUCAUGGCCAAUAAUUCAUUUACAAUAAUUUUGAUUUUGGUUAUAAAAUAAACUUUUUUUGUCUGAGA